CAAGUAUCAAGGGCCAGGCCAAGAAAGGGAGACAGUUAAGUCAUUUCAAAACAUUGGUGACACUGUGGGCUGUAGGUAAUUCCCCACCUUCAGCAGUUGGAUGCAGCUCCGAACAAGACCUAGCUCGCUCAGCUCUUCCCUGGAAGUUUCUACCAUUCCGCUCAGCAUCUCACCUGAACUGAAGAAACUAUUUUUCUAGCCACUUGACCAGACGCACCUGACAAUAUGAACCUAGGCCAAUUGCAAAUCUUGUGGCUCCUAGGGGCCAUGCUGCUGAGUUAUACAAUUUCAGAUCUCUUUCCUGACUGUCGCGUUGGUGCGGAAGAUGUCAUAUCCGGACUUUCUAAUGGGCAUGAUGCCACUGGUCAACGUCGUACAAAGAACCACCUUCCUUAUGAUCACGAAGACAUCUUGGAACCCGAGGAUGCAGUCUCGACCGAGAGAUUGGCCGGUGCGGGGCGAGAACUUCCGGAACAGAGCCUAUCCCUGCAGAUAUACGAAGCAAGCCUACUUGCAAACGCCGGCAACGUGCUGCAAUCCGGCGGCUCGAUACCGAAUGUUGAAGUCAAGGACAUAUUUGUUUCAGGCAAUGGCACAACUGUCCUGUUUGCAGAAUGCAAUGUCACAUCUGGUGGUCCUGUUUCGUGUAAUGUGAAGAGAGCAGUGUUGGCCCCAGGAGGGGAGGGCUACACAAUCAACCACAUUGCUGGGCCGUGGCUGUACACAAGUUCUUCCACGGCAGAGGGCAUCUUGCUGAUUGACGACACCACCUUGCUGGUUGCUGACUCGGGAAAUAACGUUGUAAAGAAGGUAGACAUAAGGACAAGGGAUGAAACUAACUUCACAACCGGGGAGAGUUUGCCUAAGCCUUUGCGCCUAGCCAAGCAUCCAAGCGAGCAGGUUGUCUUUGUAUCGUCGGUAGAUCGCAUCUAUAAGGUGCCUUUGGAAUACAAGACCGAAUCUAUCCCACAAGUACUUGCGGGAGACUCUGGGCAAGGCUACAGUGAUAGCACAACUGGUGCCACUGUCCGGUUCUCUAUGCCAAGAAUAGGAGGAAGAUCCAUUUCUGGGAACGGGAGCGCGUUGUAUGUUGCCGAUACUUCGAACCAUCUGAUUCGACAAGUGAAUACUUCCACAGGAGCCACAAGGACGCUGGCUGGAAAUCGCAAUGGUGUCUAUCCCUGGAUCAGCCGUGAUGGUCCCCCAAAUAUGGCCAAGUUUAGCAGGCCUUGUGGCAUUGCUGUAACAUCUGAUGGAUGUAACCUCUUCGUUGCCGAGUAUGAUGGUGGUGCCAUCCGCUGGGUCACCAUGAAGGAGCCUGAUGGAGAUGUCAUGGAAGUGAAGACAGUCGCAGUGAUGAGAAGCGAUUCUAACUCGUCUUUGUCGGGCAGCUUUACCUCCCUCACACUUUCAGAUGACGAUGGGUACCUGUUUGUGGGAACAAACAACUUCAGGCUUUUCAAGUUGGAAGUGAAGGCUUCCGUUCUACACCGCUGCGGUGCUGGGAGCGCUGAUAAUUCUUCACGCAGCAACCACGGUGGUGAAAGAGCGUUUUGGAAUAAGCACAAAAAGUGGCUGAUAGCACUUAUCGUUAUUUUCGGCAGUGUGGGAUGUUGUUGUUGUUGUGCUGCCAUGGGGAAGAUGUGUGAUGAUUAGGGGUCUCCGUCAACCGCCUCUCCACACGGUGACGUCUGGAGCGAAUUGCCUUUUUUUUCCCUUCUUCCAAACCCGCUCAGUCUUGCUGUCCUCUCGAGUCUCGACCAUC